AUGAGUCUCCAGGUAGAACCACUGACUCAUUCGACGAAGGAUGGGAAGCGAGCAGGUGUAUAUAUUUCCAGCACAUCAUCAACGCGGAAAGUCAAGCUGUACAAAUGUGCCCUGGCCGACUGCCGGUCAUGGCCGAUACCCGAAGUUCAAAGGCCCCGGUCGCCGGCAAAACGGUUUACAAUACCGCCAGUACAUGGUGCGCGCGUUCUGUACCAUACGGCGUUGUCUAUGAAAUUUGGCGACGAGGAUCCGCUCCGGCUGGACGGGGGAGCCGACAAUCAGUCAAAUCGCCGAAGACAUCUUGCGGGCCGAGAACACUUGUUCGCCGUCCGAAAUUUGCGAGGUGGAUUAUAG